AUGGAGGGCGCCCAGGAGAACCCCGCAGAGUCUAGCUCCUCGGUCCUCAGGUCCGAAGAGCCUGCCAGGGGCCCCGAGGUGUUGCCUCCGGAGGAGUCGAAGAGCUGCUCCCGUUCCCUGGAGGCGGCCCCCAAGAAACUCUGUGGUUAUUUAAAUAAAUUUGGCGGCAAAGGGCCCAUCCGGGGUUGGAAAUCCCGCUGGUUCUUCUACGACGAGAAGAAACGUCGCCUGUAUUAUUCACGGACCGCGCAGGAUGCCAAUCCCUUGGACAGCAUCGACCUCUCCAGUGCGGUCUUUGACUGCAAGGCAGACGCCGAGGAGGGGACUUUUGAAAUCAAGACUCCCAGCCGGAUUAUUACCCUGAAGGCCGCCACCAAGCAAGUGAUGCUGUACUGGCUGCAGCAGCUGCAGAUGAAGCGCUGGGAGUUCCACAACAGCCCGCCUGCACCUCCCGUCGCCCCUGAUGCCACCCUGGCUGGGAAUGGGCCCGCCCUGCGCCUCGAGCUAGAGCAAGAGGAAGUGGAGCUGGAGGAGUUCCUGUGCCCUGUGCAAACGCCCCCUGGGCUCGUGGGUGUGGCAGCCGCCUUGCAGCCGGUGCCUGCCAUGCCCUUAGCCCUUCAGAAUAUUUCCCUGAAGCAUCUGGGAACCGAAAUACAAAACACGAUGUACAAUAUUCGGGGCAACAGGCAGGCCUCAGGAACAGGCCACGGACCUCCAGGGGAAGAUUCUCCACUGAGCGGGGAGCCUCCGAGGGCGGAGCAGCCUUUGCCCUCUGACCCCAGCACCCCAGAUCCAGCGGAUUCUCCAAAGCCUACGCCCAAGUCUUCUCUGACUGCCAAUCUCCUUCAGAAAGCCAAGCGCCAGAACAACACCUUCCCACUCUUUGCCGAAGGACUCACACGGAACCGAACUGCCCAGGAAAAAGUGUUGGCCUUGGAGCAGCAGGUUCUGAUGCUCACCAAGGAGUUAAAGUCUCAGAAGGAGCUGGUGAGGAUCCUGCACAAGGCGCUAGAGGCUGCCCAGCAGGAGAAGAGGGCGUCCAGUGCGUACCUGGCGGCCGAGGACAAGGACCGGCUGGAGCUGGUGCGGCACCAAGUGCGGCAGAUCGCAGAGCUGGGCAGGCGGCUGGAGGCCCUGGAGCGGGAGCGGGAGAGCCUGGCACAGACAGCAAGCCUGCAGGAACAGCAGGUGCGGGAGCUGCAGCAGCACGUGCAGCUGCUCAUGGACAAGAACCAGGCCAGACAGCAGGUCAUCUGCAAGCUCUCUGAGCAGGUCACCCAGACCUUCAUGCGCCCGCCUCCCCAGCCCUCUGUGCCCUCAGGGACUGCCGACAGAGACGUCCUGAGCCAGCAGGAGAAGAUGGAGCACCUGAAGGAUGACAUAGAAGCAUAUCGGACCCAGAACCGCUUCCUAAACUCCGAGAUCCACCAAGUCACAAAGAUCUGGAGAAGGGUGGCUGAGAAGGAGAGGGCCCUCCUGAUGAAGUGUGCCUACCUCCAAGCCAAGAACUGCCAGGUAGAGAGCAAGUACCUGGCGGGGCUGCGGAGGCUGCAGGAGACCAUGGGGAGCGAGGCCAAUGACUGCUCAGAGCUGCUGAGGCAGCUCAUCCAGGAGGCACUGCAGUGGGAGGCCAGGGAGGCCUCGGCAGAAGGCGUGGAGCUGAGCCCUAUCAGCGAGUAUGACGAGUAUGGCUUCCUGACGGUGCCCAACUACGAGAUGGAAGACCUGAAGCUGCUGGCCAAGAUCCAGGCACUAGAGGUGCACUCCCACCACCUGCUGGCCCAUGAGGCUGUGGAGCGGCCGCUACGGGAGCGUUGGGCUGCCCUGGGUGAUCUCACGCCCUCGGUCGAGCUCAAGCAGCUGCUGCGGGCAGGUGUGCCCCGAGAGCACCGGCCGCGUGUCUGGAGGUGGCUGGUCCACCUCCGCGUCCAGCACCUGUGGAGCCCCGGCCGCUACCAGGAGCUGCUGAGCCGGGGUCAGGCUCACGAACACCCUGCAGCCCGCCAAAUUGAGCUGGACCUGAACCGCACCUUCCCCAACAACAAGCACUUCACCUGCCCCGCCUCCAGCUACCCCGACAAGCUACGCCGGGUGCUGCUGGCCUUCUCCUGGCAAAACCCCACAAUCGGCUACUGCCAGGGCCUCAACAGGCUAGCGGCCAUUGCUCUGCUGGUCCUGGAGGAAGAGGAGUGUGCCUUCUGGUGCCUGGUGGCCAUUGUGGAGACCAUCAUGCCAGCUGACUACUACAGCAAGACACUCACAUCAUCCCAGGGGCCAGUAAGCCCUCCCUGGGACUCCUGGGAGGCUCUGGUGAGGUGA